GUUAGGUGGUUAAUGUAGCUACCUAAUGCAAGUAAUAACUUAAACAAUAUCUUGAAAGAUAUAAGGAAAGGUUGGCUAAAAGUUAUGUACAAGACACUAUUCAAAGCAACAAUCGAAUCUGUCAUUACAACAAUGUCAACAAACAUGGAUUUGUGUGUGAUCAUUUGACCAUGCAAACUUCGGAAACUACCUUUAAUAUUAUUUUCAGCUCCAGCUUUAAACACUAAAAGUUUUAACGCGAGUUCAACUUGAUCUACAUGUAAAAAAAAUCAACAAGAAGAACUAAUUUGAAAGAAUAGCAUUGUUCUUCUCUCUUUUGUUUGCUUUUCUUUUCAUCGUCUUAUCGCUAUGCUAUGACGUUAUCGUCUUAUCUCACACAUGCUUAUGUUUAUUAUUUUAUGUAUGAUUUAUAAAUUUAUAAAAUAUUAUCUUCAUUAUAAAAAAUUAUACGUCUUUUACAGUAUAUGCAUGGAGAAAAAAAAUAUGAUUUUCAAAAAUUAUCUUAAUUGAUAAAUGAUAAUGUUGAUAAAUAUGAUAAAUAUGAUAAAUUUGAGUAAAAAAUCAAUUAAAUCAAUUUUUUUGGAAAAAAAAAAUUAUCAAAGUUUAUUUUGUCAAAUGUUUAGAAUGGGUAAUAUAAACAGAUUAAUCAUCAGAGAAUAUAAUUGCUCAAUUAAUUACAAAUUUACAAAGAUAUAGGAUAUAUAACAAGAACCCAACCUCUGGUUAAAAAGAAAAACAAGAAACCCAAUCUCAAAAUCCUAAGGCCCACUAUGGUCAGGCCCAUAUAGAACAAAGUAACUCCUCUGACAACUGCACAAUUGGUUUAGAAUCCCGACGACCUAAGUGACAUUUUCUCGAGAAAAUAGCGGUCGAAAAAAUUCAAAAAAAAAAUCGGAGGAGAAACCAAAAAAUGGAGCUGCUCAAGCUGUCAAAAUUCAAAUUGCAGCUUCAAUCGAUGAUCGGAGAAGUGAGAGAUCUGCGUGAAAGGGAGCGAUCAGUCACAGAUCACUCGAAUCUCAUCAAUCAGAAGCAAACGGAGGAGGAAUGCAGCAGGAAAGUGCACGAGCUAGAAUCUGAGUUAGCUUCUUCUAGAGAAACUCAAGAGGCGCUCGAGAGGAAGGUGAGUUAUCUCCAGAACGACUAUAGUUUGCUGGAAAACAAGCAGAGCGAAUUGAAGAAUACUAUUCAAAACCUGCUUCAAUCGCGAGAAAGUUUCUUAAAUGCUUACCAGGAGUCGUUUAGUGAAAUGAGAUGUUCAGUUGAGGCCAGGGAUAGGAAGAUUGCUAUCCUUCACCAGAAGAUAACAUCUCACUUAGCAUUGUUUGAUUCAAUUGAGAAAGAGGCGUCUGCAAUCAAGAACGUUAUUCAGGAAGUUCAGGGCCUUGUGGAUCAAAAGGAAGAUGUAGUGGCUGGAUUGAGAGAGAGAAUGGACCAUGUCUCUACGUAUGAGAAAGUAUUCGUCGAGAAAAUCAGCACCUUAGAAGAGAAAAUUGAGUACCAGGAAGCAGAAUUGCAGAGCAAGGAUAAUAGAAUAUCAGAGCUUUGCGCUCAGCUGGAAGAAGCGAAGAUGAAAAACGAAUAUCAACUUCAAAUCGAAGAGUUUCAGAAAACUUUGAAGGUCAAAGAUUUAGUUGUGGAAAACUUGGUUUCUGAGAAGGAGGCACUGUAUUCUGAAGUGAGGAGUCUAGAGAUGAUCUUACUGCGAAUUCAGGAAUCUGUCACCCUUAUGACCGAAGAGGACAGAAGGGUGUUCACAUCAAUACUGACACUCGAACAAGGUGCCCAUGAAAGAAACAACUAUUCUAGGUACAAUGACACAGUUGACAAAACGGAGGAACUUGCAUGUGAAGCUCCUAUUGUGGGUUCCCAAGAAAAUUCAGUAAACGUUAUUUCAUCAGCGUCUCCUCGGUGUCCUCACCAAAACACAGGCUGCAGUUUGGUACAGGACGCUGAUCAUAGGCUGAACUCGGCGCAGUCUCUGCAGCAUAACACUGUCAGUGGCCAUAGGCAGAGUACUAAUAACAAUGACCACUUUGACACCAAGGACAAGUGCAAAGAGUUAACGAACCAGCCUGAUUCAGAGUGCUCAACUAAUCGUGUAUAAUAAGGGAAGUGUCUAAUCACGAUUUAUGAUCGUUACCACUUAUUAAAGUUAUUCUCUUGUACACGACUAGUUAGGACUCGGGUCAUAUAAACGACAAGAAUCAUGAGUUUUCUACUCUCACACGCAAUGAACUAGACGUAGAGAAAAGGUAUUUUUCUUUACAUUUUCAUAAAGAUUGGAAACUAAAUAUAGGUCUUUCAUUUUCUUUUUAAAUAGACUCUUCCUUUUCCAUAAGAUCCAUUUUUUCUAGGUGAGA